AUGUCGAAUCAACAAGUGGGUGCGGUGUUCGAGAAGGUGAUCAAGGACGUCUGCGAGAACUCCCAGGUCGACUUUGAGGAAAGCGGCGUUGACCAGAAGACAUUGCUGGAUUUGCGUGAGACCUGGCAGAAGAAACUCUCUUCGGUCAAUGUGGCUCAUUUCCCAUGGGACCCUCCAGUCCAGCCAGUCGCCCAGGCUCCUCUGCCUCCUCAGGCCACUGUUCCAUCCAAUGCUCCUCGUCCACCACCACCCCAGCAGCACCAGCAACACCAGCAACACCAGCAGCAUCAGCAGCAUCAGCAGCAUCAGCAGCAUCAGCACCCUCAGCAACCUCAGCAACCCCAGCAACCCCAGCAAUAUCAGCCACACCAGCAACCCCAGCAACAUCAGCCGCACCAGCAACCUCAGCAACACCAGCAUGUCCCUCCGCCCGUUUCUAUGCCUCAGCAAGCUCCAAUGCCAGGCCCAGUGCCUGCCGCCCAUUCCAAUCCUGCCGCGCCUGUUGCGACUGCGCCUAUGACUGCGCCAAGAAUUAAGACCGAGCCGGGCACGGGCGGAAUGUCUUCCAUGCCGCCCAUGCACCCCAACAUGCCUGCGACCACAACGCCCAAUCCGCAAAUGGCCCGGGACCGCGCCGCCGCGCAGCUGACGCAGCGUUUCGGUGCCUCAGCGGCCACAUCUGUCAGCCAACUCCAGUCUCAACCGGCUGGGCAACAGCAAUACCCGCAGCAGCAUUAUUCCUCAAACGGCCAUGCGCCCCAGGUCAAACAAGAGUCGAAUCAGCCUUCGCUCGGAUCCGGCCAGACCGACGGCGCUGGUGAUGCUUUAUCGGACUGGAAGGCGGAAGUUGCCCGCCGUCGGGAAGCCGCUCAGAACGGCCAGGGAGAUCAUCUCCUGCGUGAGUACAUCAAGCAUCAGAUGAGCGGGCUGGAAGGUGGCGGCUUGCUCCGCCCCCUGUCGGAACAAGAGUCAUCUGCUACCAAGGCUCGUCGCUCAGCUUUGAUUGCUCCCUUGCUUCGGACCGACGAGUCGCAGUCAACAUCAUCUCCCCCCCCAGCACAUGGACAGUUUGACGGCCCGGACGACGACGUCAAGGAGGAGGAAGACGAAGACGCGAUCAACUCAGACCUGGACGAUCCUGACGACCUUGUUGAUCACGAGGCAGAGGCCGACGAGGCCGAGGGUCAGGUCAUGCUGUGCACAUAUGACAAGGUCCAACGUGUCAAGAACAAGUGGAAGUGCACUUUGAAGGACGGGAUCUUGACCACUGGCGGUAAAGAAUACGUUUUCCACAAGGGUCAAGGUGAAUUUGAGUGGUGA